AUGUCUCGAAGUCCAGAGUCGGCAAACCCUAUCUAUGAGCCGAUUAGGAGGUCAGACGAUGAUCAAUAUAACCCGGACCUGAACGCCGAAACGCCGACGUUUAAAGGGUCUCCUAUUUCUGCAACAUCGAAACAACAUGACGAAGGAGCGGAGGAAGAGUUACAGAAAUCGGUUGACAGUGACUGGUUUGUCUGGGAACUCCUGGGAGUCGCGAUAUCGGGUGGUAUUCUAGUUGCCACAGUCGUCAUCCUUGCGUUGCUCGACAACACGCCUGAACCGAAGUGGAAGUACAUGUCUCUCAACUCGUUGAUUUCCUGGUUGAGCACCGUCUCAAAGGGUUGCCUUAUAUCUGCCAUCAGCGAGGUGCUAGGCCAGUUGAAGUGGACAUGGUUCACGCAGGCAUCGCGACCCCUACCAGAUCUUCGUCAAUUUGACACGGCGAGUCGAGGAUUUUAUGGCGCUAUCCAGCUGAUAUGGAGAUUACGUGCUAGGUUGGCUAUGCUCAUUAGGCAUUUUGCGGUCUGGAGCUGCUUGGCUGUUAUCCUGGCGUUGGGAUAUGAUCCAUUUGUACAGAAUUUAGUUCACUAUCGACAAAUAAUGGUUGUGGAUUCAUCAAAAACUGCAUUUGUGGCAAAUUCAUCCACAUACAACGCUUAUGGAUUUCAAUAUGCGCUCACAGGUAAUGCAGCUUGGAUUGACGAUAUGACAGAUAGAAAAAUGGUCGAUUCUGAACUAAAAUCGAAUGUAUACAGUUCUCUUUUGAACCGCGACGAAAAGAGACCUUGGGCCAUUCCUCAGUACUCCUGCAGCUCAGCAAAUUGUACAUGGGGUCCUGUUGCAUCGUUGGAAACUCGUGCGCUCUGCGCAAACAUCACUGAGCAUCUCGCCAAGUCAUGUGAAGUGACUAUCAGUAAAUUUGGCUUAUCAGAAACGACCUGCAAUGUCACCCUCCCCAAAAGCAACGUAAAAGCAUCCUUUCAGGGGGACACACCUAUUACUCCCAAGUCGAUAACUCCCAUAUUCAUGGCAUUCGUUAGCUCUGCAGUUGCUCGGGAUGCAGCCUUAGUAUUUACCAAUGCGACAAUGUAUCCAAUACAGUUCAUUACUCCCCGACUCGCAAAUAUCUCAGUACUUGCGGAUCAGUUUAUGAACCAAAAAUUGUCAUUGAUUGCCGACGCAUGGGAGGCAACGGAAUGCGUCAUUGAGCCUGUCGUACGCCUUUCUAGGCCCUCUGUCCGGAACAAUGUCUUCACCGAUGACACACUAGCGAUCUGGAAUACUGCAACCCCUCCCAAUAACGAGACAGGAUGGCUCUUUAAUCCACCCUGGGGAUAUGACAUGGGUGUGCAACCUAAUCAAACCUUUAUACUUGAGAGGGAAGCAGAAAGUGCUAUCAGCAGCUUUUUGAAGAACAUUUUGAGUGGCGGGUUCUCGCACAAUCCAACACAUCAAGCAUAUAGCGCGACAAGUAACACAGUGAUGUACGCCGCAUCCGACAUCCUUCAGGCCCUUGGACGGGAGGGUAUUGUUGGAUGUGGUAGCGAGUCAGCGAUCAGGUUGAGAUGCGCCAUGGAAAACAUUGCAGCAGCAAUCUCCAAAACCUUUCGAGAUACCAGGUACAUCCAGGCAGGUUCGAAGCUGGAAAACGCGAACAUGACACCAGGUCAUGUUCUGGCCAGUGUGACACAUGUCUCGAUUCACUGGCAAUGGAUUGUAUUACCCGCACUUGUUUGGAUACUCGGGGCCAUCGCGCUGGUAGGGACUUUCUGGAAGACACGGCAGACGCGAGUGCCCAAGUGGAGGAAUGAUCCAUUGCCUUUACUAUUUCUCUAUCGGCAUGAGACCGGUGAUGCACAAAGAUAUGAAUUACUUGCACAGAUUGAUUCUGGCGAGCUAAAUACCUUGCAUGGAAGGCUGCACGACGUUGACGGAAAACAAAAUAUAAGAUGA